UUUCAUCACUUCCUCAUACCUUGCAUCAGCCGCCAAUAGCGCUACGGUCACGUGACAACAAAGGGGUCCGUAAAUCCGCUUUUCCGCGUCCAGCGUGUCAUAGAUCGGCAGGAUGGCUCAGGGGAAGGUGGCUGCUGCUGCGGUGGUGGCGGCUUUAUGCGUCUUUCUCCAGCUUUGUGAUGCAGCAGUGGAGCUCCCAUGCACUGUCACUCAGGACGGUCGACUACCAAAGUACAACAUCUUACAUGACUUUGCUGACUUCCCCUCAGACCCCUCAAGCUUUGACUACUCAUGGAGCAAUGGAUCUGAUAUAGUCCUUGCAAAACAGGAGGGCUCCACUGAUCCAGUGAAGAAUCAUUCCAUCAACACUCUGGUCAGUUUGAGAUGCAUUGACAAUGUUCGCUUCACAGCAACCAGCUUCUCCAAGGGCAAGGUUGAGAAAGAAUACAAUGCCACCUGUAGCAUAAAAUGUGAAUUUUCACAUAUCCACUGUUCUAAUGAGAACAACUGCAGUUUUAGCACUGCGUCUCCAGUCACAGACACUAGCACCAAGAUCGCUCUUGGAGUCUUGAUCCCGAUCCUGAUUCUGAUUCUGGUGCUGGCUGGGCUAUAUUUCCUGUGGUACAAAUGCAGAGAUAGAAUUCACAGGAUGCGCUGCGACAGCCGGGGUAGAGUCUUUUACACGGGUGUGAACAUGACCAACACUGGAGCACCAGUUGUUCAAGUGUAGGUGAAGAAUAAGAAGAAAGACGUACUUUUACUGUUGUGCCAUACUCUAUGUGCUUUCCACUGUAUUAUCGCAAAGCAUGUAAAAUUGCCAUUUAGCGUCAUUUCACGGUGCCUUAUACUCUUAUUCUGCGAGAUGUUAUAUUCAUGCUUUUUCUGUUGGGUUUCCCAGAACUGAUGCAGUAGGGACAUGCUUUCAUUACUACAUUAACCUUUGCAUUUGACCAUUAAUUUUCCCUUUUAAAUCCAUUUUUUAAACAUUGAAUUUAUCUUAAACAUUAAUAUUUGCAAUACAUUAUUUUAACAAAGUAUUCAAAUAGCUAUUAAUAUUACAAAAGGGUUUUAAAAAGGCUACAAUCUCACUACCCUCCAUAACUCACUACUGCCAUCAUGUCAGCAUGCCUCUGCUGCAAGAAAGUAAUCCAGGGAAACACUCUUAUUGCGUGUAUCUUUGCUUUUCUUUAUGUUUCAAAGCUGUACCUUUUUUUUUCUUGACACAUUGUCAAUUAAUUUAAAAUGCUACAGACAGUCAUGUAUCACUUUUUAGCCUUAAGUUGCAGUAAUAAUAAUAAUAAUAAGUUCCAGAUUUCCAUGGAUCUUGACAGGAUAAGCUUGCUUACAGUGUACUGCCUCGUUGUUCUCUGCCAUAUUCAGGACCAAAUAGACCACAGCUGUUUUCUGCAUAUAUAUGUAUGGCUGGAUAUGAGAGACUUAAGAUGCCAAACUCUCACUUAAAGUAAUUUUUCUACCCAACUGUAGCAACACAUGGCCUUUUAUCAGUAUCAUGUUUAGUGAGAGGGGUUUUAAAGCUGGGGUUGGCAGUAUCUUUUUUCCAUCACUGGCUAAAAAUUACAAAUGUUUUAUUCCAGUAUAUUUGAUGAGAAAAGUAGACUUCUUCACCUUAACUUGAUGCGGUUUUCAGAAUUUUAAAAAUUCAGCCCUUUUCAAGAGACUUGGACCAAUCUGAGGGCUUUUCACACAGAUCAGUUGAAACAUUUUUUAGAAAGUUGGAUGUGAUGGUGCAAUGAGUUAGAUGGACGUUCACUAAGAGACUGGUUUGAGUCUUGUGUAACGUCACAAGUGUAUGUUUAACUUCUAGCUCGAGGAGUGUGAAUAUGUCUGUGCUAAUCUGGUUAGGUGUCCAGAUUCCUGCCCACCUUAGCUUUACGCAUUUUUACCUGCCUUUUUAACAUUCUGUUAAGAAUAGGUCUCCUACCUGUGGAAGUUAGGAGACCCAUAAUGCUGCAAAAGGGUUUGCCCUUUCAGCGUCCUGUAGCACUACAGCUAUGAUAUAUAAUAAAUAUAAAUAAUAUAUAUUUAUAUAAUAUACCUAUUAUGUAUAUGUAGCUAUAAAUAUAUUUGUAAUUGAUUUUAUAUUUUAUACCUUAUACAGCUUUAUUGUAAAUACACUAAUAGGUUUGGAUGCAACCAUGUGUGUAAAAUAACUCUAUCCAGUACAGUUGUGAAAUACAAUACAGAUAAGCUAUACUGUAGUUAUACUGGAUUGCAUUACAUUGUUAAGACACUAUAAAGUCUUGACUUAUUUGUCAUGAAUCCUUCUUUUUACUGUCUGCCUUAUGAAAUUAGACCAUAUGUCCUUAAUCAGAUCAUGUCCUUUUUCCCUGUAUCACCUCUGUACGUCAGCUGUUUGACUGUGAUUAAGGUUUUUCUGUCAAAAUCCAACUAAAAGCAUCUUUCUGGAAACAAGUGUUGUUUUCAUUGUUGUUACAAGUAAUAGAUGUAUGUUGUAGGAUUUAUUGUAUUGUUUAAUUUAUGUCUUCUUAUGAAUAUUUCUUUACCAAUUUUAACUGUUAAGAUUAUUAAAUAAUGUUUCUCCACCAAAUUAUAAAAUGUAGGGUUAAUGUUUGCUCAAAUGGAGUUAAGGUUAUUUUAUGCAGAAUUAUUAAAUGGUCUAACUGACAUUCAGCCAGCGAAGUAUUUAGAUUAGACAAAUAUAAUAAUGCAGCAUAUGAAGCACCUCUUGUUGCGCUGUCAAGAAGAGCUUCACGUAUCGUAGGGGAAUUAUUUAGCUUAACAGGUUGUGUAUAAAAUUGAGGUAGCUGGAAUAUAUACAAGUUAGGGACUAAAAUGUGAACAACAAAACAAUUCAGGCACUAAACUUAUAUUUAUGUACAUUUGUUAAACUACAUAUUACCAAUAACUAUGAUAGAACAAUAACACACAUUAAGACAACACAAAACAAGCAAGGUGGUGAAUGUGAGUGAAGGAAAGGAAGAGAACACAAUGUUUUAAUUUAACAUUGGGGUUAAUAAAUUUGAAAUAAUGUGUUCUGAGGGAAAGGGAUAAAGAGACCACACUUGAAAGAAGCAGCUAAUCUGUUGGUAGGCCAAUUUGUUAACCUGUAAAAUGUAUAUUUGAAAUAGAAUUUGGGAAAGUUGCACCAAGUUCCAGGGACUGAAAGUUAUUGGCGUGUGUCGUGAUGAUGAGGGAACCAGUGUCCUGGUAUCCCUUUUGUGCUGCUGAUCAAAAGGAGACCCAUCUGCAAACUGUGGCGUGAAGGUGUUAAAUCCUGACUGCAGAAGGGUCACAAACAAAAUUUGCUCUUUUCCUGUUCCACUGCUGUUGAUGUUUACAAUGUUUCUAUAGUAACAGGGGUGGGCUUUAUUAUCAGGCGAUUGUCUCAGCCAGUGAAGGUGAUGAACUCAUGUGGCAUGAUAAACCUGUGACAGGAAAUGAAUGAGUUUCUUCACAUACCCCAUCGCAGCUCAUUCAAAACUGUAACCUGUUUCCUUUUCUCUGUCUACACAUUUAAAGAAUUAAAUCACAACAGGAUGUGGUUAACCUUGUACUGAUAAAGGGCUUUAAAGCUACCGGGAAAACUUUAGAUGCUUUCAUAGAGUUUAGCUUUUCUGUGGCAUAAAGUAAACAUGUAAA